AUGGUCAAAGAAGAAGAGGAUCUCCUCAAGCGUCCAGUGUACGUCUACGACAUCCCUCCAGAGCUCCUCGAAACCCUCACGCUACGGACCGACCAGCCGGCCACGCCUGAGGAAACCCAGCCCACCACAACCACCACCCCAGCGCCGCAAGAUGCCGACACCGCCUCCUCAACCUCCUGCGCCCUCUGCAAGAUCACCAACAAGACCGUCGCCGAGCAGCGCGCCCACGCCCGCUCCGACAUCCACAACUUCAACCUAAAGCGCAAAGUCCGCGGCCAACCGCCUGUCACCGAAGCCGAGUUCGACGACCUCCUCGAGGGCCUCAACGAGAGCAUCUCCGGCUCCGACAGCAGCUCCGACGACGACGGCGAAAGCGGCCCCACCGACCAGCUCUCCGCGCUCCUAAAGCGCAACGCCGUCCUCGCCAACCCGGACGACGAGCCCACCACCACCGCCGUCGCCGCCGGCUGGAAACAGGGCGCCGGCAAAGCCCCCAUAAUAUGGUUCAACUCGCCGCUCCUCCCCGCAGAGACAUCACUCGGCGUGUACCGCGCGCUCUUCACCAAGCCCGAGCAGUCAGACGCAUCCUGGCUCGACGCCCUGCGCACGAAGCAGCUCUCCGCGCAGCCCAAGGGCAAAGAACCACACAUCUUCAUGUGCAUGAUCGGCGGCGGCCACUUCGCCGCCAUGGUCGUCUCCCUCGCUCCCAAAGUCGCCAAGACCGGCGGCGAGCGGUCCGCCGCCAUCCUCGCGCACAAGACCUUCCACCGCUACACCACGCGGCGCAAGCAAGGUGGUGCACAAUCCGCGAGCGACGCCGCCAAGGGCGCUGCGCACUCUGCCGGUAGCUCGUUGCGGCGAUACAAUGAGGUUGCGCUGACGGCGGAGAUCCACGAGCUGCUGGCGGGGUGGAAGGAGUGGCUGGAUAGUGCGGACUUGCUGUUUGUGCGUGCGGUGGGCAACUCGAAUCGGCGUACGCUGUUUGGGGAGGGCGCGCCGCUGAGGAGUAAUGAUCCACGGAUCCGCGGCUUCCCGUUCAGUACCCGCCGCGCGACGCAGUCGGAGCUGAUGCGCUGCUUUGUCGAGCUCACACGGAUGAAGACCUCCACGCUGACCACCACAUCCCUCUCCGCCCUCACCACCUCCACCACCAGCACCACCACCCCCGCACCCACCAAGCCAAAACCCACCCGCCUCACCCCCGCCGAAGAAACCGCCCACCUCCACAGCACCCAACUCAGCGCCCUCAUCCGGCGCUCCAAAGUCCCCGCACUCCUCACCUACCUCACCACGCACUCCCUCUCACCAAACUACACCUUUACGCCCCCCAACCACCACUCCCCCACGCUCCUGCACCUCGCCGCGUCCUCCUCCUCCCCCGCCAUCGUCACAGCCCUGCUCACAAAAGCGCGCGCAGACCCAACGCUCACAACCCCCGCGCAGCCGCGCCCCGCCUUCGAGCUCUCCGGCGACCGGCCCACGCGCGACGCCUUCCGCGUCGCACGGCACGACCUCGGCGAGGCCGCCUGGGACUGGGAGGCUGCCGGCGUGCCCGCUGCGCUAUCGAAGGCUGAGGCUGAAGAGCGGGGGCAGCGCGAGCGGGAGGGCGGUGAGGCGGAGGAGCGCCGCGGAGAGUCGGAGGUUGCCGGGGAGGGGGGGAGGAAUUUGGGGUCGACGGUGCAGAUGGGGAUGGGGAGGAGGGAGGAGCAGGAGGCGGGGCUGACGAAGGAGGCGAGGGUGAGGUUGGAGAGGGAGAGGAGGGCGAGGGCCGCCGAGGAGCGGAUUAGGAGGUUGGCGGGAUCGGGGUAG